AAACCAUUUGCUGGUAGAAACUCAAUCACAUAAAUGUAGUAAAUAUCAGGACCUGGCAUAGAAAGUGUGUUCCCUCCACUGCCAACAGCUUCUUCGCUAUCAAGAGAGCUUCCAUGUAGUACGCAGUUCUGAGUUCUCCUUUAUAAUCACACAAACUUCUUGGUUUUCCCUGACUGUCUCCCAUGAUUUCAGCUGAUAUAAACAAAGUUUUGAUGUGUGACUGAUGAUGGUUUACAACAAAGCUAGCGUAAAAUGUAAAUUUUCCCUGGAAUCUUUAAAAAUCAAGGUGAUGCAUAUAAUCCUGCUGUUAGAGAACUGGUCCACCAGAACACUUAGGCCUGGUCUACACUACGACUUUAAUUCGGAUUUAUCAGCUUUAAUUCGAAUUAACCCUGUAACCGUCCACACAACGACGCCAUUUAAUUCGAUGUAAAGGGCCCUUUAAAUCGAUUUCUGUACUCCACCCCAACGAGCAGAGUAGCGCCAAAAUCGAUUUUAGCAAUUCGAAUUAGGGUUAGUGUGGCCGCAAUUCGAUGGUAUUGGCCUCCGGGAGCUAUCCCACAGUGCAUCAUUGUGACCGCUCUGGACAGCAAUCCGAACUCGGAUGCACUGGCCAGGUAGACAGGAAAAGCCCCGCGAACAUUUGAACUUCAUUUCCUGUUUGCCCAGCAUGGAGAGCACAGGUGACCACAGAUACCUCAUCAGCACAGGUAACCAUGCAGGCUGAUGAUCGAAAAAGAGCACCAGCAUGGACCGUGAGGAAGGUACUGGAUCUGAUCGCUGUAUGGGGAGAGGAUUCAGUGCUUGCAGAACUUCGUUCUAAAAGACGAAAUGCAAAAACUUUUGAAAAAAUUUCCAAGGGCAUGAUGGAGAGAGGCCACAAUAGGGACUCUGAGCAGUGCCGCGUGAAGGUCAAGGAGCUCAGACAAGCCUAUCAAAAAACAAAGGAGGCAAACGGUCGCUCCGGGUCAGAGCCGCGGACAUGCCGCUACUACGCCGAGCUGCAUGCAAUUCUAGGGGGGGCUGCCACCACUACCCCACCUUUGUUCGUGGAUUCUGGGUCGGGGAUAGUCUCGACGCCUGAGGAUUCUGCCGAUGGGGUAGAGGAGGAGGAGGAGGAUGAGCUUGCAGAGAGCACACAGCACUCCAUUCUCCCCAACAGCCAGGAUCUUUUUAUCACCCUGACUGAAGUACCCUCCCAAGCCAGUACCCAAGACUCUGACCCCAUGGAAGGGACCUCAGCAGCUGCAAAUUCCUCAAGCCUCCCUCCUCCAUCCCGAAGGUUAUCACAGAUAAGGCGUCGUAAGAAGAAGACGCGGGAGGACAUGUUUUCUGAAAUUAUGCAAUCCAGCAGGAGUGACAGAGCUCAUCUGAAUGAGUGGAAGGAAACAUUUUCAAAGUAUAGGAAAGAAGUCAGUGAACGUGAGGAGAGGAGGGACCAACGUGAGGAGAGGAGGGACCAACGUGAGGAGAGGAGGGACGAUCGAGAUGAGAGAUGGCGGCAGGAAGACCAGAGGAUGAAGGAUGCAACGCUGGGGCUGCUCCGGCGUCUGGUGGAGGUUCAGGAACGGCUGCUGGAAAACAGACUGCCGCUUCAGCCCCUGUUCCACCCUCCCCAUGUUCCGUAUCCUCCUCACCCAGACGUGUAAGAACGCGGGGGGGGAGGCUCCGUACACCUUCCCAUUCCACCCCAGUAGACAGCCCAAGCAAAAGGCUGUCAUUUUUUUAACCUUUUUUUUGUGGCUUUUUCCUUCCCAGCAAUUCUCCUCCCAAAUACCACCCGGGUUC